UUAGGCAAUAGGCAAUAGGCACGUCUACUUGUCUUUCAAUAGAACUAGAAAUAGUAGAAGUCUGGAAGAAGAGAUAAGAAAGGUACAGUCAAAAGAAAAGAAAAUCCAUUUUUAAGUUUUGCCAAUUUUCAGUCUCAGAGUUUCUCUUUGAAGGGCUAUUUAGUCUUUCUAUUCUGGAAUUCGAUUCUCACUGCUGAAAUUGCUUUCCCUGGAAAAUCCUACUUCAAGAUCUGAUUGACUCGUUGGCUUCUUGAUUUACUGUAUGCAUGGGAGCAGUGGUUGUCUUGGAUGCUACAAGAAGCCCACAUUAAUUACCUCAAUAGAUGAGCCAUCAAAAAAAAUUCGAGGUCAGGCAGUGAAGAAACCUAGUAUAUCAGAGGAUUUCUGGACUACCAGCACUUGUGACAUGGAUAACAGUGCAGUUCAGUCUCAGGGAAGUAUGUCAUCUAUCAGCACAGUCAACCAGACCCUUGAUCCACAUGGUGGCUCUAGUAGCACUAUUGCACCUUCUGAAUUUGUAAACCAUGGUCUUCUUCUCUGGAAUCAAACAAGACAACGAUGGGUAGGAGAUAAAAGGUCUGUCAACCGUGCACAGCAAUCUUGGGACCCCAAACUAAACACUCAUUGUCUCUCCAUGGUUAAAAACUUCUGGCUUUGCUGCAGUUGGAAUGCAACAUACGACAGUUUACUUGGGAGCAACAAACCAUUCCCUCAGCCUAUUCCUCUCUCUGAAAUGGUAGAUUUUCUAGUGGACAUAUGGGAGCAGGAGGGCAUGUAUGAUUGAACAGCAGAAAUACAAGACAAUUGAAAGGGUUGAUUAGAAUGGAAAAAACAUUCAGAUAAAGAUGCUGUUGAACAAACCGUGGUGUGUAUAUUAAAUGUAACAUUAUUUAUGAUAUGCCCACCUCGGCUUUUGUUUUCCCCUCUGCAUGCCAUUUUUAGACUGUGUUUUUUCUAUUGCACUCAGAAACAAAUUAAAAACUCUGGCUCCUCUGUUUUCUCAUA